ACAAAAGCCUAACCCUACAUCUUCACACUGAUCUCGAAUACCCAAUAACCCUCAUUCUCUAAAAAAUGGCCGCGACCUUUGCCACUUCCUCGACCGUCAUUGGCCUUGGAACUUCCUCAUUAGCAUCCCCUUCUCGGGCCUCCGUGGCAAAGAGAUCAUGCCUCUCUUCAGGUUUUGUGAAGUCUUCUGUGGCUGUUAGGAAUCCUCUGAGGCAAGCUGCGGGAGCUUCGGGAGGAAGGUUUACAUGCUUUGAGAGGAAUUGGCUGCGCACGGAUUUCAAUGUGAUAGGAUUCGGGUUAAUAGGGUGGUUAGCGCCAUCCAGCAUUCCUGCAAUCGAUGGGAAGAGCUUGACAGGACUUUUCUUCGAAAGCAUUGGAGCUGAGCUCUCUCACUUUCCAACUCCUCCUGCUCUCACUUCUCCGUUCUGGUUGUGGUUGAUCACCUGGCACUUGGGACUGUUCGUCGUCCUUACUUUUGGGCAGAUCGGAUUCAAGGGAAGGACCGAAGACUACUUUUGAACUCAAUUGUCUCCUGAUCUCUAUGUACUGAACAUCGUGUACCAUUAAUUUAUGAUUUCGAGCCUACUGCCUAUUAUUCUUUCUUUAAUGUAGCAUAUAUAAUAUAUUUUUAACCUC